UCGCAGAACAUGUUCUGGAGUCAAUCCCACCCAUGCCACUCCUUUUCGCACGCUGACCAGUGAACAAAAAUUCGGCAUUCUGGCCGCAUGCAAGUCGGAUCCAUGGCCGGUCCACACGAUGUCCGAUCCAUUAUCGCUGGCAUAGCGAGCGACUCCGAAUCUUCGCGCAAGCUAUCCGCCUAUCAUCUACAGUCACUUGUCGUUGAUCCUUCGUUUGCGCGUGCCUUUGUGCAGGCUCAGGGCGUACCUGCGUUGAAGCAGGUUGUCCUUGAAGAGAAUGGAAAUGCUCUUGCCUAUGCGCUGGGUAGCUUGACGCGUCUGCUGGAGAUGGACCUGGGAUGGGACCAUUUGAGCUCAGAUGUGAUAGAACGUGCUGUCCAAGUUGUCGUCACUCGCCCUGUUAUCAAUGUCCUCCGCAAUGCGCUGCUUCUCUUGGUUCUGGUGGUAUCACGACCGUUCGACCCUUACAAGUUGCAACAACCUUCCGAGGAUGAAUUUGGAUUCAAGGCUCUGGUUCCGCUUUUGCAGGUCCACUCAAACUUUCUCGACUGUCUGGUUGAUAAGCUGGCAUCUGCUGAUCAUGCACUCUGCGCAAAUGCUUUACAUUUGGUGAAUGCAUUGAUGCGAGACUCUGUUGCUAAUGGAGGAGAAACCGAAUGGCCCAAAUUCAUCAACAGGCUGCAGGAACUAGGGGUCAUCAGUGGUGUUGAAAAUCUCAUGCGCGGUGACUCGCUUCAAGAGAUUGCUAGCCCAAUCCUUGAGUUCCAAAGUUUGAUGAAAAUUCUCUUCGCUCGCUGGAGACACAUCUUGGUGGAUCUUGAAAAGACCGAGCAUCGCAAAGCUCUCAAGGAGCUUCAAGUAUCUAGCUUUCCUUCAAACUACCAAGCAAGUCAACAAGAUCUUGAUUCAGACAAAUGGCAGCGUCUAGGCUUCUCAUCCGACAACCCAGCAGCAGACCUCGAAGAUGCCAGGUUUUUGGGCAUGAUGAACCUGACCGAAUACGUCCGCAGGAACCGAGACACGUUUCAAAGGGAACUCCUAGAGCAGAGUGUAAUGCCAGUGGAGCAGCGCUGUCCCAUUGCAAAGGCAAGUCUGAGUGUUACCAUGGUCCUUUACGAGCAUUUCGAGAUAGCCAAGAUGGAUGGUCAAGAUCCUACAACGAACACCACCACUCCGGACGACAUUAGAGAUGCCGAGAGACUUGCAAAGCCACUCCUGUUGAGGUGGGAGGACGUCCACGCGGCAUCGCUUAACGCCUUUAUUCGACUUUGGAAGGAGGCAGGUGCCACCACUAACGAUUACCGCAAGAUUGAAGACCUUUCGCGACUCCUCAUCAGAACCGUCCUCGGACAAGUCGAUAGAAGAGCAUCCAUGGAUCAGAUCGAGGAGCAGCUUGGAAGCACAACUCUAGGCAAAGUCAGAGAAUGGCAAUUGCAGGACGUUUCACAAAUCUACGAAUAUGCUUGGGGACAAGACUUGAGAAAACUCCGCGAGCAAACCCAUACGGAUGCACUUUUGUUCAUGCGUGAGCAACGUAUCAAGUGUCUACUCCAAGGCUCCUGGUUUCCCAUCAUCUCCUCAGCGACAUCUCCCUCGGACAUAUCUAUCACCUCUUCAGAUUCGCAAAAACCGCGAGUCACCGCAUGGCGCUUUGUCCGCCUUUCGAACGACAGGAAAUACCUACAUCACGCUUCACACACCAAAAAACUAGACAAAACACCACAACUUCAUGAGCUUAACGAGAGACUCGAUCUCGAGACCAUCAGCUCUGUUGAUUCGAGUGUGGCCAGAUCAGAUGUAUUGAUCGGCGAAGACGCGAGCAGACCUUCAACCGACAAGCAUGCCUCAUCUGCAGGAACAAUCACACGUUUGACGAUCUUCGGCGCUCCGAACGCCUUUGCAAAAGUCCAGUCUGGGGAAGCAGUAUUGCUUGAGUUAAACACCAGCAGCUCGUCACUGGCAUCAGAAUGGCUAGAUGGCCUUCUCAUGCUUCUGAACCAACAGCCUAUCACUGCAGACACCAACAAAUUGGUCGACUUGCUCGAGCAGUGGAGUUUGACAAUUCGAAUGUUGAAUCUGCGGUGGGAAGACGUGGAUUGGGAAAGAGCUCAGGACGACAAGCAGUUGCCUGUUCCGAGUAGAGCUGGACUGGAUGAUGAUUUCUGGUAUGAAAUGUGACGGAGAGAGGAUAUAACAGCAUCUCUUAGAAUCGUAGCUUACAACAUAUCUGUAUUAAAGCAUAAUAGAUCUUGGUAAUAGAAAACCGGCCGCCCCUGCA